AUGACAAGCACUGGAAUACAAUGGAAAGCGUCAUCUGCAGGAGUUGCAAUCGACAAUAAAGAUGAGGAGUGUACUGCAUCGUCUGUAUCGAAUGUAUUUAAUGACAUGCUGAAUGUGAAUGAAGAUAUGAUUACAGCAGCAGUUGAAUGUCAAGUAGGAGAUAAUAUUGAAGGACUGAUUGCUUAUCAACGUAUACUGCAUCGUGACCUCAUGGAAAUGGCCGAGUUCAUUGACUCAAUGUUUGGUGUCUACAGCAACGCAAACAGCAGCAGCAACAGUCUUAUUACUAGUAGCACACUACUGCCGCAAAACAAGAGCGCUGAGUCGGAGUCUCAUGUGGUCGACCUGACGGCUGAGAUUGCAGAAGAUAAAGCAAUUGCUUUCGCAGUAGAGACAUCUCCCACUGCUAUGGCAAAUCGACCGGUAAUAAAGAAAGCACCGCGUGGUGCGCUACUUACAGCUAUCGAGGCUGGAGAAAAGUUCCGCGAGACACGACGAUCGAAAGAGCAGUGGAUUAAGUCGCGGCAUCAGGUGCUUGAAGAGGAAGGUGUCAGCGCAAUUAUGAACAAACCCACAACCGGCAUGUUCGAGGCUGCCAAUGCGCAGUCGGGAGAGAAGGAACCACAACAAGGAAGUGGAGGAUUAGCACUGGCAAAUCAGCUGCGGGCGCACCAACAUAUCGCUGCGUUCUUGCAAAAUAUUAAAGAAAACGCAGCACCAGGCCCUCCGAUGUCCAUGAACUUGAUGUUUGCCAACCAGUUGGCUAUGCAUCCAACAGCUUCACCUGUAGCAGUUCCUGGUCCUGAUUUACAGGUGCCACCUACGUCGGUAGCUACGAUUGCAUCUGCUGGAAAAAAGAUUAAGCCAAGCGCAGCUGAAAACAGUUUUCCCAAGAUCGCGCUGCCCCCAGCGCAUUCCAUGUAUAACAUGCUCUUUGCUUUUCCAGAACCUUCGCCGUUGAUGUUUUAUCAGCAAGCCAUUGUGGGGUUUAUGCCAAUACCACCGUGGCAACAACAGCUACCAACCGCUUUACCUGCUUGUACUCCAGCAAAAAAGCCUCAAUUCAAAAGAAUGUGUGAAUCGUGUCGCAAGCGGCAUUUUAGUGUUCGACAAUGCCGUCUCGUGCUUCAACAUACAGAUCCUGAAUGGCAACCUGUACAAACCAAUCGACGGCGAAGGCGCAAGCAAACCGCAAUAAAUACCACCUAUAAGUAA